AUGGCCAUCAUUACAUCAACAAAGCCACGAGUCGUGAGCCUAGGCGAGCCCAAAUUCGUGGGUAAAGAGUACCUCAAGGAAUUCGAGACAAAAUUUCGCUACUCUGUACUGCCCGCCACCAACCGCGCUGAGACUCAGCAGAUGAUCCCAGAGGACAUCAAAAAGAAUGGUCCAAUUGACGCCUUCAUUAUCCGCAUGGGCACUCCACCUUACGAGCCUUUUGAUGAGGACUUACUCAAGGAUCUGGUCCCCAACUGUAAGAUCAUUACGUCUGCGAGUGCCGGGUUCAAUGAGUUCGAUGUCGAUUGGAUGGCGUCUAAGGGAAUGUGGUUUUGUAAUACAGUCAAUGCUGUUGCGGAGGCUACUGCUGAUAUGGCUAUAUUUUUGACAUUAGCCACGCUCAGGAAUACAACUAAUGCGGAGAGGAGUGCUCGCAAUGGUGAAUGGAGAUCAGGCGCUGGCUUGGUACCGGGUCGUGACCCCGGGGGCUUGACACUCGGAAUCGUGGGUAUGGGAGCUAUUGGAAAGUAUAUGGCCAAAAAGGCUCUCGCAUUCAACAUGAAGAUCAAAUACUACAACCGCCGACAACUCCCUGCCGAGGAAGAGGCCAAGUACAACGCCACCUACUGCUCAACUUUGCACGAACUUCUUGGGUCUGCCGACGUCAUAUCUCUCAACUGCCCCUUAAACACCGAAACAACGAAUCUAAUCGGAGCCGCUGAGUUCGCAGCCAUGAAAGACGGCGUGUUCCUCGUCAACACAGCCCGUGGUGCCGUUAUCCACGAGCCCAGCCUCAUUACAGCGCUUGAGAGCGGAAAAGUGGCUCGCGCUGGUCUUGAUGUCUUUGUCAACGAGCCUAGUCCUGAUCCGUACUUUUUGAAGAGUGAUAAGGUCAUUGUUCAGCCUCAUUUGGGUGGGUUGACGGAUGCUGCGUUCAUGAAGGCGGAGAGAGAGUGUUUUGAAAAUAUUCGUGCGUUUUUCACGAAGGGGAAGCCGAAUUCGCCUGUGCGGGAAAUUAAGGCUAAGGUGUAA